UAACCCUUGAUGAAUAUCGUCCACCUUCCUUAGCACGAACAGACCUGCAUCGGAGGACUCUGGGAACCAUAUCCCGUCAACUCAAAUCUGGUCGACAUUAUCGUAACGGUUGGGUUGUAGUUCUCACACGUCACUACAGCAACAAUCACGCAACACAAACCUCAGAACCAGAACAAAUGUCUGCGAUGGAAAGCCAAGCACUAAUCCGCAAACUUUUAGCAGUCACGUGUCUCAUCGCUGUAGCAACGUGCGACUUUCAGUUCAACACGAAGAAUUUCAAACUGUACCGAUUGUGGGACAUGGAUGACCGAAUGCCGCCCUUCUCUCCCCUCAGUCCCAUCACCUGCAAGGAGGAAUGCGCCAUGUUCUGUCUGAACGACGUCACGUGUGCAGCUUUUACAUACGGAGAGUACGUAAAGUUCUGCAUGAUGACCCCGGAAAUAGUCAGACCGUACGAUGUGUCCAUCAGCUUCUCACUGCCCGGCUACACACACUACAGCAUAUACGAAGACAUUGGGGACGGCAUCCUACCACCUGGCUACCGGACAUUUAACGUCUCCAAACUGGCCCUGCGGUUCCACUACUACUGGCCAAUGAACUGGACAGACGCACGUGACACGUGCGACAGCGAAGGCGGUCGUCUGCUCACUCUCGACACGGAGCAGAAGAGACAACUACUGCAAGACCUCAUCAUAAGCAAUAAAGACUUGAGCACUACCGGGACAGGGUUGUUCGUUGGUGGAGUGGUGAAUGGUACAGAGUUCUACUGGGAGGAUGGUACUCUCCUUGCAAGCAGAGAUCCCCUAUGGGCAACAUCGCAACCUACCGGAACCGGAAACUGCACCAUCUUGGACCGGGAUAAGGGCUUCCGGCUCGCUGAUGGCGACUGUUCGCUCAAGCAACCCUACAUUUGUGAACACCUGCAUUUUGAGACACAGAGUUCGCUCCCUUCUGUUGGUAGAUACAGUUUAACGUAGAUACACCAAGGGUGGGGGACUGUGGUUGUGGUAAAGAUCAUCUGUUUUCUAAACCUGAUGUAAAGUCUGUACAAGAUGCACUUGAACCUUUAGUAGGGUUUACAAAUGAGCGACUGAACAACAAAACACAACUGAAAAUCAAAACCACAAAAUCUGUUAUUGAGCAAUAUUGUAGAUUCAAGGAUAAUAAUUAUCAAAUUUGCUUAAAUCAGAAUCAUUUGUACAUCGAACUCAGCACAUGAUGUUGGACAGGUUACUUAUGGAGACGGAGAACGUUUUUGUAGCACUCAUGUACUGAUAAUAAAUUACCCUCCCCUUACGGCUUUGUUUUCCCAUGACCCUCCCUGAAAGAAAUAUGCAAAUGCACCAUAUAGUCAUAAAAUGUCAACAUCCAAACAAUAAAUGACCAGUCCCUAACGGCCUUGUAUCACCUGUA